CAAAGCAGCAAAAAGACUUGUCCUAUCUCACAACUGAGGGAAAAAACAGUUGAUCUGCUGAAGUUACUCCACCACAAUCUUCCAUUUUCCCCCAACUUCUUCAAACCCUAAAUUAAAUUAAAAUUUUGAGUUCUCUACCCCGCAACCACUCACCAAAAUUUCCCUUUCUCCCAUUUUUCUACACAGAUAUAGUGCAAGAAAAGGAAGGAGAUAAAGGGGAGGUAGCUGUGGACUCUCUUUCACCGAACCACACCAGUCAUGGAGCAUUGUGGAAAAGCCCACAAGGAAGGAAACCCACAUUGCUGAGAUUACUGCAAUGGGGAAGGGGGAGGAUGAGCAUCCUUUGCCGAGUACAUCUUUUGAGGCCCAGGGUACAACCCUGAGUGCGGGGAGCAGGAAAGGGUGCUGUUUGGGUUGCAGUAGGCUUCGGGAGUUGUUUACUUUCAGAUGUGUUUUCAUUUUGGUGCUUGGUGUUGCAGUGCUUCUGUCGGCUGUUUUUUGGCUGCCGUUUUUUCACUUUGGAGAUCACAAAGAUCUGGAUCUGGACUAUGGAGACACUAGUAAGAAAAUGGAAGUCGAGGAAGGCUGGCAUAAGCAGGAGCAAAGAGAUGUAGGUCAUGAUAUAGUGGCAAGUUUCAUGCUGCGAAACCCAGCUUCUUUUCUUGAAGACAAUGUCUUGCAACUUGAGAACGAUAUUUUUGAUGAGAUGAGCUUCUCCUCUACUAAAGUAGAAAUAAUAUCUCUAGACAUAACGAAGGUUGUGUUUGCAGUUGAAUCUGAUCUGACCACGCAGAGUUUAAUCAAAUCGUCUUUUGUCUCUAUAAUCACACAUCAAUCAUUUCUUCAUUUGACGACGUCUUUGUUCGGGGAUCCUUUUUCCUUUGAGGUGCUCAAAUUCCGAGGAGGGAUUACCGCUACUCCUGAACAGAAGGCAUUCCUUAUGCAGAGUGUUCAGAUCCUUUUCAACUUCACUUUGAACUUCUCCAUUGAUCAAACACUAAACAAUUUCGACGAACUUAGGAGCCAACUGAAAACCGGCUUACAUCUGGCUCCAUAUGAGAACUUGUAUAUAAGGCUGACUAAUCUAAAGGGUUCAACAGUGGCUCCACCUACAACAGUUCAGUCACAAGUUGUUUUGGCAGUGGGCAUUAAUCCGUCGAAAUCCAGGUUAAAGCAGUUGGCUCAAACUAUAACUGGUUCUCAUCAUACUAAGAAUCUUGGUCUGAAUAACACUGUAUUUGGACGGGUUAAACAAGUCCGUCUUUCAUCCAUAUUGCAACACUCCCUUGGCGGUGAUGGGAGUGGGCCAUCUCCAUCACCUUCUCCAUCUCCUCUGCCACAAUCCCACAACCACCACCACCACCACCACCGUGACACCCAUCUUGCUCCUAGUGUUUCACCUUCACCAUCAAUGGGGAGUUAUGGAUCUGUAAUCGGGAGAGGAUCACCGAUAUCUAGUCCUGUCCCUGCACCAGCACCGUCAAGGAAUAAAGCCUCACCACCUCCGGCUUGUCAUUUUGGUAACAAUAAUAGGUCUCCGUGGAAGCACAAUAAACAUUCUCAUAUGGCACCGGCAGCACCACCAUAUGCACCUGAUGCUGCUCCAACACAACCGAAGCAAACAAGUUUCCUGCCACCCCAAUUGUCACCAGUUCCUGCUGCAAGCCCGCCAAAGGUAGCUUAUGCUCAUAGUCAACCCCCGUCCAACGGUGAAUCUCGUGCGAGGCCACUGGAUUCAAUGCCAAUAGUUUCACCAUCGCCAUCUCCAUCCUCUGCAGGUAUAUUCUCCUCCAAUAUGUGGACACUUCUGCUUCACACAGUUAUCUUCGUGCUCUUGUAGCUGCGGAAAAAGCAUCAUGUUAUCAGGCAAAUAUACUGCCCGAUAAUUUCGAAAAUGCUUCCAUCAGCUUCUUGUAUCCACCCAAAGGAGCAGCGAUAAGUGGAGGAAUUUGCUGGUGCGAGUGAUGCCAAAAAUGGGCAUUCGCCUCACAAUUGAGUGCAUAUAACUUGUCUUGUGCUUGUAAAUAUUCGAUUAAAAGUUCAGCGGCUAAAUGCAUCAAGGUCAAAGUCACAGAGGUGACGGUCCGUGAAGACGUGCACUGCCGCUGAAGUCGUGUAUGAUAAAAUUUUAAGGAGGGAAAAUCACAAAUGUAAACACAUCACCUUUUUCGUUUCAAAUCUCUUACAAGCCUACAACCA